GAGUCUGCUUUGCCGAAGCUCUUUAAUUAUUCUCGACAUUUUUAAUCACCAAGCAUUUGUGUUUUAUCUAUCUGUCGAAGCUUUGAAGAGAGGAGAUUGGGGGACGAACGGCGAUGGCGAUCUCGACGGCGACGGUGACGGAGACGGAGACGCUGGUUUCUUUGUGCCUGCGAGAUUUCUGUUCAUUUGUGCAGGUUUCUUGAUUCUCUUUUUCAGUCUCCCUGGUGGGAGUUGUGAUGAUUUUUCGUGCUGAUUUUGGAGAUCUACUCACGAGCUGGAUGCGGAUGGUUACCACAAUACGGCCGGUGUCGAUCGAGAAUUAGCUGCUUGCUUCGAGAUUUGCUGGCGGAUCAAUGUCGUUCAUGAGUAUGAUUCAGGAUAUGAGGGAUGAAUUUGGAAGCAUCUCGAGGAAAGGGUUCGAGAUGAAGCUGGGGUAUGGAUUGAGGUCAAGGUCGCACCGGUUGAUACACGAUGCGGUGGAUCUGCCGCUGGCGGACGGGAUGAGUCAGAGCUGCUGGGAGAAUAUGCCACCCGAGCUACUAAUGGAAGUGCUGAUUAGGAUUGAGGAGGCUGACGGCUCGUGGCCUCUGCGGAAGGGUGUGGUGGCCUGUGCAGGGGUGUGCCGCAGUUGGAGGAGCAUCAUGAAAGAUAUAGUCAAGACGCCAGAGGUGUCGGGGAAGCUUACCUUCCCUAUAUCAGUGAAACAGCCUGGUCCUAGGGAUUUUCCUCUCCAAUGUUUCAUUAGACGGAAUCGUAACACACAAACUUACCACCUUUAUCUUGGCCUUACCCAAGCAUUAGCAGAUGAUGGCAAAUUCCUCCUCUCUGCACGAAAAUGUCGGCGGGCUACAUGCACAGACUAUCUCAUUUCUCUUGAUGCAUUUGACAUGUCAAAGGGAAGUCGUACAUAUAUUGGAAAAUUAAGAUCUAAUUUCCUGGGAACAAAAUUCAUUGUCUAUGAUGUUCAGCCACCUAAUGCUGGAACUGUGAUCUCAAGAAGUCAUUCCACUCAUAAAGUUGGUUCCAAACAAAUCUCUCCCAGGGUUCCUGCUGGAAAUUACCCAGUUGCACACAUUUCUUAUGAGUUGAAUGUCUUGGGUUCCAGAGGUCCACGAAGAAUGCAAUGUGUCAUGGACUCAAUACCUGCUUCUUCAAUCCAACCAGGAGGGGUGGCUCCGACACAGACAGAAUUCCAGCAUAAUUCGAAUGUUGAAGCCUUUUCGUUCUUCAGAUCUAAGUCAUUCAUCAGAGAAACCUCUUUGGGAUCAUUGACUGGUAUGAAAGAAGAUAAUUUGAUUUUAAAGAACAAGAAUCCAAGAUGGCACGAACAGCUUCAGUGCUGGUGCCUGAAUUUUAGGGGGCGUGUGACUGUUGCAUCAGUUAAGAACUUCCAGUUGGUUGCUUCCGAAGAAAAUGGGCCAGCCCCACAGGAGGACGAGAAGGUUGUUCUCCAGUUUGGCAAGGUGGGGAAGGAUCUGUUCACAAUGGACUACGGCUAUCCUAUAUCGGCAUUCCAGGCAUUUGCUAUUUGCCUCAGUAGCUUUGACACCAAAAUAGCUUGUGAAUGAAGACCGGGACAAAUCAUAUUUCCUUUCAUCUCUAUAAAUGUUAUCCUGGGCACUUGGGAUGGCAUCAACAAAGUACCAAUGUGAUACUUGUCUAACUACUCUUGUUCUUUUUCAGUUGAUUUCACUAUAUGCAUUUGAAGACUUCAGUCA